AUGGAUGAAGAUGAUAUGAGUGAUAAAAAUAAUUGCUUUCAAGUAACUUUAACAAGAUCACCAUUACAUGGUUUUGGUAUAUCAAUAAGUGGUGGAAAUGAUGAUAAUGAUAAUCAAUCAUUAAUUGUUUCAGAUGUUAUUAAAAAUGGACCUGCAGAUGGAAAACUUUUACCAAAUGAUCGUAUUGUAAAUGUCAAUGGUCAUCCUGUAGUACGUUAUAUGGAAUAUACAGCAUUGAAAUUAAUUCGUGAAUCAACAGAUUUUGUUCAUUUAAUUGUUCAACGACAUAAACAUCCGGUAAGUGUAUCGGAUAAUGAAUUACCAAUCAAAUGUAUAUUGGAUAAAGCACGUAAAGAAGAAAAAACUAAUAUUAUACUUGAUUGUCGAUAUUAUAUUAAAAAAGUUUAUUAUAAAAAUAAUGAAAAAUCUACAAAGAUUCAAGAAGGUGAUGAAAUUAUUAAAAUUAAUGAAAUACCAGUUAAUCGUUUAACAUUACAAGAAGCACAAAAAUUAAUUGAUAAAACAAAAGAACAACUUAUUCUUUAUACUAUACCAAAUAAAUCUAAUAAUCAUCGAGAUUCAAUAUCUUCAUAUAAAGCAAUACAAUCAGAAUAUAAUCAACAUAAAUUUGAACGAUCAAUGAAUAAUCAUAUUGAUUUUAUUCGACCAAGUUCGGGAUCAAGAUAUGUAUCAUUCUUUACAGAAACUUCAAGUAUAGGUAUUCGAUUAGCUGGUGGGAAUAAAUAUGGAUUAUUUAUUUGUGAAAUUCAACCAAAUAGUGUCGCAUAUAAAUCAGGAUUAUUUAUUAGUGAUAAAAUAUUUAGUGUGAAUAAUAUCGAUUUUACUACAUUAACACGUGAAGAAGCUGUUUUAUAUUUAACGAAUCUUAAAACAUCACAAGUGAAUAUGAUUGUUUCAAAUUUACCACAUGAAUAUGAACAAUUAUUAACUGAUGUUGGUGGUGAUUCAUUUUAUAUUCGUGCGCAUUUUACUUCGAAACCAUCAAAUGAUGAAGAAUUAUCAAUUUGUAUCAAUGAUAUUUUUCAUGUAACAGAUACACUUUAUAAUGGUCAAGUUGGUUAUUGGGUUGCUACUAAAUUAAAUACAAUUUUAUCACAAACGAAAUUAACUGGAACUAUACCGAAUAAAUCUCGAGCAGAAGAAUUAACAAAUAAUGCACCAAGUCUUGAUGAAUUAAUGAAAUCGAAACGAUCAUCAUUUAAAAAAAAAUUACGAUCAAAAUUUACUGAUAAACGAACACGAUCAGUUUUAUCAUUAAAUCAUUUUAAAGAAGAUUCAAUAUUUAGUAUGUCUGAUUAUUUUCUAUUGAUAUUAAAUUAUUGA